AUGAUUGCUAAUGACAUAUCAGUGAGGAUUCUCUUCCUUUCUCAGACUGUAUUUGGGACUUUGGGGAACUCCUUUAUCUUGGGUUUUUAUAUCAUCACCUCCGUCAGGGGUCUGAGACUGAAGCCCACAGAUUUUCUUCUCUCUCAACUGUCUUUGGCCAAUUCCUUGGUGCUUCUCUCCAAAGGUAUCCCUCAAUUAAUGGUCAUUUUGAGGCGUAACAACUUCCUGGAUGAUGUAGGAUGUAAACUUUUGUUUUACAUUCACCGAGUAGCCCGUGGACUCUCACUUAGUACCACUUGCCUUUUGAGUGGCUUCCAAGCUAUCACUAUCAGUCCUAUGAGCUCCAGGUGGGCAGAAUUCAAAACCAGAGUCCCAAAGUGCAUUGUCCCUUCCUGUCUCCUCUGCUGGAUCCUGAAUCUACUUACAAAUUGUAUUAUUCUUGUUUAUAUGAAAGCCCCAGUGAGGAGGGAAAAUACUACAAAGAUACAGGAUUUUAUUUUUUGCUCAGUUUCAAUUCAUGCCUCUCUUAUUACUUCCUUAUAUACAUUUAUAAUUUCUAUUCCUGAUGUUGUUUGUUUAGGAAUCAUGAUCUGGGCCAGCAGUUCUAUGGUAUUUGUCCUGUACAGACACCACCAGAGAGUUCAACACAUUCAUAGUACCAGACUGUCCCCUAGAGCCUCCCCUGUUGUCAGAGCUACCCAAACCAUCCUGUUGCUGGUUAUUAUGUUUGUUUCUUUUUACUCACUCAAUUCUAUCUUGGUGUUACAUAUGAUUUUUGUAAAGUCACAGCCCUGGCUGGUGAACUCUUCUGCCUUACUGGCUGCGGAAUUUCCAUCUUUUAGCCCCUUUGUACUGACCAGUACUGACUCCCGAAUCCCUAAAUACUUCCUAGCUCUCUGGAGUAGAUUAAAGCCAUCAUUCUCACCUAGUCCCUUAAGAUAUUAA